ACCGCGCACUCUUGGUGAGUGAUUGCGCGUUCGGCGGCGCGCAGACCCCCGGCAGCAAAAGCGGCUCCUGUCUCCGUGCAGGUCACUUCUCAUGCAGAGCGCGUCUGGGAAGAAUACCGCCAGGCUCUCUCUGCGUCCUUCACACUUUUUUUUUUCUCCCUCCCUGUGCAUAAGAGCAGCGAUGGAAAAUUAGAGCCAAAAGAGACGAAUGAUUAUCUUCGGCUCUUUUGUUUUUCUGGACAAUCCCUCCGGGUCUGCUGAGGAUCGAAUAUCUGAUGGAAACUCAGCGCUUCCGCCUGCUAUCUGGCUGUGAGGAGGCAUCAGGAAACUGAAGACAGGAGACAACGUGUUCUGAAUACAAAGGAGGGCAACUAUUGACACCUUCUAGAGACCAUCCGCCGUGCGCCUGGACAAAGGGGAAAGGACGUCUACAAAGGAUUCAGUUUAUUAUCGGUUCAUCACUUUGUUUGUCCUCUGCCAAUACCAUCUGUGGGCGCCUAAUAAUAAGCCAAACAUUCUCAUCUUAUCAGAGGUAAAACUGCCUUCCCUUUUGUCUUUUUGUAUCUCCCAAGCGCUCGAAAAACUAAUACAAAACGAACAACGCAAGACUCAUCUGCAACCCUGCCAUGCUGUAAAGUGUUUUUUAACCUGAUUAAAAAGAAAACGCAGCACCGACAUGGCUUCGCUGUAUCAGAGAAUCACCGGGAAGAUCAAUACGACCAAUUCGUUUCCGCACCCACCUGAGGCCAGCCACCUUCUUGGAGGACAGGUCGCAGACGAGGAGAACGGAACCAAGUCAUCUCACCAGGGAGCAGAGGGCCGAGCUCACGUCCAGUACAGGAAAAAGUGCUUACGGGAAGAUGAGGAUGACCUUGUGGGUAGCGCGCCGCCUCAGAGGAACUGGAAGGGGAUAGCAAUCGCCCUCCUGGUCAUCCUGAUCAUAUGCUCCCUGAUUGUCACCUCUGUUAUCUUACUAACCCCAAGUGAAGAUGACAGCCUCGCUCAUAAGAAGAAAGUAACAGUUGAAGACAUCUUCGGUGCGGACCUUCGAAUCCAUGACCCAGAUGCUAAAUGGCUCAGUGAGAAAGACCUGCUGUAUCGAUCAAGGGAUGGGAAUGUUCUCCGACUUAAUAUUGAAACGCAGAAAGAGGAUACUAUUGUGCCAAGUCAACUAUUUGAGAGGUCAAAAGCUGCCAGAUAUCAGUUGUCUCCAGACAUGAAGCACGUGCUGUUUGCCUUUGAUGUAAAACCGAUCUACCAAUACUCCUAUUUGGCCAAGUACAUCAUUUACAGCCUCGUGACACAGGAGUCUUGGCCUUUAAAUCCCCCUGAGGUGAAUGAAGCUGUCCUGCAGUAUGCUGGAUGGGGACCCCAAGGCCAGCAGCUGAUCUUCAUUUUUGAAAGCAACAUCUACUACAGGGCAACAUUGGAGACUCGAUCAAUCCGACUGGUAUCAACCGGUAAAGACGGGGUCAUCUUUAAUGGUCUGACUGACUGGCUGUAUGAAGAGGAGAUCCUGCAGACUCACAUUGCCCACUGGUGGUCUCCAGACGGACUCCGUUUGGCCUAUCUGACCAUCAACGAUACCCUGGUGCCAAAAAUGGAAGUUCCAUAUUUCACUGGCACGCAGUAUCCUGGCAGCCAGGACUAUCAUUACCCAAAGGCUGGAGAAGAGAAUCCUGUAGUGCACCUGUCUGUGGUGAGCCUCCAUGGUCCUCUGCACACAGUGGUGAUGAAGAAACCCGACGACCCUCGGAUAGGGAGGGAAUAUUAUAUCACCAUGGUGAAGUGGGCCACCAACACCAAGUUGGCUGUUAACUGGUUGAACCGAGCCCAGAACAACUCCAUCCUCACGUUGUGUGAGACCACCACCGGAGUCUGCAUCAAGAAACAUGAAGAUGAGAGUAACAGCUGGCUGCAUCGACAGAAUGAACCUCCACUGUUUUCUAAAGAUGGACACAAGUUUUUCUUCACCAGGGCAAUCCCUCAGGGAGGGAGAGGGAAAUUCUUCCACAUCUCUGUGUCCACCUCUUUGCCUAACAGCAGCACAGACAUCCUUCAUUCUCUAACAUCUGGAAAUUGGGACGUCACAAGCAUCUUGGCCUACAGUCAUGAAAAGAACCUCAUAUAUUUUCUGAGCACAGAAGACGACCCAAAGCGACGGCACUUGUACAGCUCUGACACGAUUGCUCCUUUCAACCGCUGCUGCCUGUCCUGCGAAUUCAAGUGUGGUUAUGUGGACGUUUCAUUCAGCCAUAACAUGGAGUACUUCUUGCUCAGCUGCAAAGGUCCAGAUAUACCAAGUGUGGCUGUUUACAGAACAAGGGACAAAGAGAAGGUGUUUGAAGUGGAGACAAACAAGAGAGUAAACGACACGUACAACAACAUGCAGAUGCCUAAAGUGGAGAAUAAGACCAUCACCAUCGAUGAUUACACUCUGACGAUGCAGAUUCUAAAGCCAGCAGGUUUUACAAGCACGGCCCACUACCCUCUACUGCUGAUAGUUGAUGGCACACCUGGUGGGCAGAUGGUGACGGAGCAGUUCCGGGUGGACUUUGCCACGGUUCUCGUCAGCAGCUUCAGCACCAUCGUUAUCCGCUUUGACGGCCAUGGCAGCGGUUUCCAGGGUACCAACCUGCUCCACAAGGUCCGCAGGAGGCUGGGCAAGCUGGAGGAGAGGGACCAGCUGGAGGCACUCAGGUUCAUAUCCAAAGAACCUUACAUUGAUAAGAAUCGAAUGGGAGUUUAUGGAAAGGCCUACGGCGGAUACUUAGCCACAAUGCUUCUGAGCUCUGAAGAGUUUACUCAGCUGAAGUGCGGCGCGGCCGUCUCACCUAUCACAGAUUUUGAGCUUUAUGCAUCUGCAUUUUCAGAGCGAUACCUUGGCCCAAAGACAGAUUCCAGAGUAUAUACGAUGGCUAAUUUGGCUCACAGAGCGGGUCGGUUGCUGGAGAAACAGUUCUUAAUAAUUCACCCGACAGCUGAUGAAAAGGUUCACUUCCAGCACACAGCAAAAUUCAUCAACCAUUUAAUCAGCGAGAAGGCCAAUUACACUCUACAGAUCUACCCAGACGAAGGCCACUUCCUGCACAGCGAAGGCACACAGCAGCACCUGAGUCAGUCCCUUGUCAACUUCUUUGAGGAGUGUUUCCGGGAGCCAGAGACGCCCAAGCGUGACGACCAGGAUGGGGUCGAGGAAGACAGUUAAACCUGGGCCCGCCAGGCAGCCGUGGCCACCUCCUCUAUCACAGCACAAUAUGCAACAAAUCUUUCUAACCUAAAGUCUACGCCGCCUGCCGUCCAAUCUGAUUUUAGCUCUAUUUUGAAGCACUUGCAUGUGCAAACAGGGCGUCGGCCCCGAUCCCCCCGUGCUCAACUCACUCUGGCUACUGUUGAAGAAACCAGGUCAGGCAGAGGCUGAAUAAAACUCCGAUAAGAACAGCUGUCAUCUCUCUCCGAAAGGCUGGACCAGUCCUCCCUCUGGUGGACAAACAGAGGAUCGACAACCCAUACAGGCAGGCUAAAACAAGUGCUUUGCAGAUUAUUCCCAUGAGAAGAUGUAACUUUUUGAUGGCUGCCAGUUUGUGAUAAUCUUGCCAACUAACUAAAAUUAUUGUGUUCCUGGUUAUUCAGAGUUGUUUUUCAGAUUCUCUGUUUAGUGUCUUACUGUGUGUAAUGGAUGCAUCAGUCCAUAGUGGCUUUAGAAGAUGAAGGCACAAUGUUUAAAGCUGUUACACUCAAAGAUUGUAUAAAUAAUGAAGUUUUAAUACUUUCGUUGUGCCCACAUUUCUCUAUAGAGCUCUUGUUUUUGUCACUGUGCCUUACUGUGGGGAAGAUGUUCAUGUUAGGAGCCCACACGACCCUAUGAAAUGAGGAAACAUGGUCCGAACAGAGCAAGAGAUGUCUGUGGAUUUUAACGUUUGUUUUUUUUUGUUACCUCAGAAUACAUUGGAAAGAGCGCCAUAUAAAAUAAACAGACAACGGUAUAUUACAGUCCCACAUAUGUAACCAUUACUUAGUUUGCAGUUUCCCAACAUUAAAUGUAAUUUUCAGCAUUUAGAAAGUUCUUUGCUGUAUGUUCUGCCAAGUCUUUCCUCCUUACUUCAUUUCUGUUUGUAUUGUCUGUGGUUUCCAGUCAGCUGCUGUAUAAAGUGUAUAAAACUGACAAAGUCUCCAUGUUAUAUGUUCAACUUGUAUAUAAAGCAUUUUGAAAUGUA